GGCAGAACCUACCGUCGCCACUAUUACUGGUUCACCCGAUCCGGGUCGAACCAGGAGCAACCCACCUCUGCGCAAGACCAUAAGUAUGUGAGAUGUAGUUGAUGAAAAAAACGCUUAAAUGUUAUUUUAGCAAACACAAAUAGAAAUUCUCAUAUAAUUCUCAAUAAAUUGCACUGGUAUAAUUCUUUUCCAGUGCAGAGAUGUGAACCUUAAUUUAAACAACUACAGUGACAAUAUGGGGAAACAUACAGUAUAUCUGGUGAGGAAACAAGUUUGCUGUUAGAAUAAGUAAACUACAAUUAUGAACAUGUUUGAUGAAGCAGAAUUUAAAUAUAUAAAUUUACCUUUUAGUUUAUUGUCCCAAUGUAAUUUUUUUAGAAUACAAAACAAUUGGUAAAAUUGGAGAGGGAACAUUUUCUGAUGUUCUGAAGGUACAGAGUCUAAACAAUGGACGUUGCUAUGCUUGUAAACAAAUGAAACAGCAUUUUGAAAGCAUUGACCAUGUGAAUAACCUGAGAGAAAUUCAAGCAUUAAGGCGAUUGAAUCCACAUCCAAAUAUCCUUACAUUGCAUGAAGUGAUUUUUGACAAGAAAGCUGGUGCUGUUGCAUUAAUAUGUGAACUUAUGGACAUGAAUAUUUAUGAAUUGAUCAAAGGAAGGAAAAACCCAUUGCCUGAAAAGAAACUAACAAAUUAUAUGUACCAGUUAUGCAAAUCGCUUGAUCAUAUACACAGAAAUGGAAUAUUUCACAGAGAUGUGAAACCUGAAAACAUAUUAAUAAAGCAAGAUCUUCUCAAGCUUGGAGAUUUUGGAUCCUGUAGGAGCAUACAUUCUAAGCAGCCAUAUACAGAAUAUAUUUCUACCCGCUGGUAUAGGGCACCUGAAUGUCUUCUUACAGAUGGUUACUACACUUAUAAAAUGGACAUCUGGAGUGCUGGCUGUGUGUUUUAUGAAAUUGCAAGUUUCCACCCGCUUUUUCCUGGAUCGAAUGAAUUGGACCAAAUAUCAAAAAUCCACGAUAUCAUAGGUACCCCUCCUAAGAAGAUUCUUCAUAAGUUCAAACAUAAGAAUAAGGCUGACUCUGUUGACAGGAAUCCAUUUUCUUCACUGGAUUUAUGCAGGUCAAGAGUGAUGAGUUUUGAUUUCCCCACAAGAAAAGGAAAAGGAAUUUCUCCAUUUAUCCCUAACUUGUCCAAUAAGAGCCUGACACUUAUGUAUGCAAUGAUACAGUAUGAUCCUGAUGAGAGAAUCUGUGCUCAUGAAGCACUGCAACACCCUUAUUUCAGAGAAUUAAGGUUGGCAGAGAAACAAGCUUUAACCAUACACCGAAAAAUGAGAUUAGUAGAAAAUCCAUUAGAAAAAGAUUCUCUUGGCUUGCGGCGUAUUUCAAAGGAGGAUCAAAGGCAGAAUUUUUUUAGGCAAGCCCAGGAGAAUCCACUGGGACAUCAUGGACUUCUCAAUGCAGUUGAGUUGCCAAAACUGACAGUUCCUGCUGUAACCAACUUGACUUCUUACCCUAAUCCUUCAUUUCAGUCAGUUUUUACCCUCCCAGCAUCCAACAGACAAGUCCAGGUUUUGCAGCCUAUAACAUAUUUUGGGACACAUCGCAAGUCGGAAAAACAGAAGGAAUUUAAAUCUCCUAUGAAACAGUACCACCUGCCUGCUCUGGAAAGACGAGGUGGAAGAUUUUGAAGGAUCAAAACACUCAUGAGCUGUCUGGGUUUUUUAGUACAGAAAUGGCAAAAGUGCCUUAUCACCUCAAAUGCUGCAACAAGAAGCUACAACAAUCAUUCUUUGGGACUUACCCUUUUUUUUACAAGUCAACAAUGAAACCACCAUUUUUAAAACUCAGAAUGCACCUUGAUUUUUUUAAAGGAGUUCCUAUUUUUUUCUUUUCUUCUAUGGUGAUCAUAUAUUUAAUGGUGUUGCACUGGCAGAAGUGAAUUGCUCCAACUUUUACAUUAAAUGCUACAUUGUU